GUGUCAGUCCUGGCGAUAAAAAGUUUGCACAGUCAGCAUAACAUUUAUUUCAAAGAUGACAGUACGGAUAAGAUAUAGACAGCGAAAUGUGGAAGUGAACAGCAGAUUUGAAAAUUGAGUUUGCAACAAUUCACAUGGUGACAAAAACGUUUGGUUGUUUACACCAUGAAUGCUAAAAAUCAACAAGAUGAAAAUAAUACAUGUUUGUCUGAGAAAACAUACAGCAUGUCAUUAUCCAACAUAGCGUUACCAACUUUGCAAUUAGAUUCUGAGAACGAGGAAGAAGAAUCUGAUAGUUCAGAACCUAUUGUGUUUCAUCCGAAACUUCACAAAGAACAAGUGCAAUUGAGGGAGACUUUAGUCUCUAAAUCAUCACUUGGAGAUAGUGGUAUUGACGUGAAUGAUGCACUUACAAAACCAUCUGUGACAGGAAGUGUAAAUAAUCACGAUGCACCUAAGAAUGUUGAUGAAACUAAAAGUUUACCUAUGAUGAAAAAGCUUGAGGCUGCUGAAAUUGAAUUAGACCAUGCUUUGAAUCAAUGCCCACAUUCUAACAACAUCCAGCCUAACUACGGGGGAGAUCUAACAGAUUCAGGAAGUAGUGGUUCUUCUUUAUUAGGAAAGCUUGAAUCUGUGAUGAGUGAAUUGAAAGUUACGGACGAGAAGUUAGAUUUGGGACCACAAAAUAUGAAAAUUAACUCAAACAUUUCUGAUAUGCAGACUGACAAUAAAGAAACUAUCAAAAUAGAUCUUAGAUCGCCACAGGUUCACACAAAUCACUGUGUUAUGCAAAGAUAUGGCAGUUCUAGUUCAUAUUGUGUUGAAAAUGAAGAAAGUGAAAAAAACACUCUGUAUGAGACGCGACAAAGAUUGAAGGAGGAAAGUGCUAGAAUUAUUUGCAGUAAUAGCAAAGCAAUGCCAGCUGUAAGAAGUAGUUCUAUAAACACCAAAAGUGUUGCAGAACCUUGUACUGAUAAUGGUAAAAAUAAAAGUCGAUUCAAACCUAUUGGUAAGGUAAAAGAUCUCAAACCUGAUAACUUCAGCAACUACGAAUUGAGUUGUAAAGGACAGAACUAUAAGGUUGAUAGUGAUGCUCAUCUGGAUAAGAUUAGUAGCAGUGCCAUGGUUAGAUGUGUAGACAGUAUGCUUGACAAUGUAAACAGAAUGAUGUAUCAAAUCUCUGAUCCAGGUGAUGAUACAGAAAUGGAGUGUGUUAACAGUCAUGGAGAAGUGACAAGUCUAUAUGCCGAAGAUAAUGGAACUGAAAUUGAGAGUGAAGAUGAAGUAGUUGAAUCUUACACUGUAUAUGACCAGGGGACUGGUGAAGAGAGUUACAUAUCACCUAACUUGUAUGUUAGUAGACUGGAAACUAAUAAAGCUAACAGUUUUGAAGAGAGCAGUGUAUUUGAAAAUAUGGAUUUUGUAACGAUGGAUGACAUUGAUACAGAAUCAAAUGUCAAAAUUAUUGACUGGUCUGAUGUUUUGCAGGAUGAAAAUACUGCUUUGCGUACACGAAGUGAUAGUCCUGUUGAAAGGCCUGCGAAAGAAAAUAUAUUUGACAGUCUGUUUACCAAUUCGUUUCUUUCAGUUUCAAGAAAUCUUGAUAGCAAAUGUGAAGACACUAAACCUAACAUAAACAAAAAACCAAAAAGGGACAUUUUAUGCUCGAAAAAGAAAAUUAAAGUCAUUGGUAAAGUUUCAGUGAAUGAAAAACCAACUCAAGAGAUUGAUUCUACCUUUGUUAGUGUGUCGUCUGGAAGUAUGGACAAAAGCUAUGUUGCUGAUGUAAAAACUAAGAAAACAAUGAAACGAAAUGAUGAUGUGGAUUUAGUAGCAAAAUCUUUAGAACAGAGGGAUAAUGAGAUGGAGAAAUUAUUUCAAACUGUCAGUGAAUUCAGAAAAGAAAUAUCAGACUCUAUUGAGAAAAAUAACAAAGAGCACAAGGCUGUCAGAAAAUUGGAUUUUCAGAAUGAUGUGAAUUACCGAAUAAAAGACGUUUUAUGUGUAGCUUGUUCAGUAAACGCUACUAAACUCUUAGAAACACCUUCAAAAGAAUUUCAACAUACAUGCAACGAAGCAGCAACCGAGAAAAAAAUUAAGAAAACAACUCAAUCCAGGGGUGUCUCCACUCGUGAUCUAUGUAGUGACAUGCUACCUAAAAAUGGUUGUGUUUCUUUAAAUUCAGAAGAGAAAGAAGAAAUUAUUACCAAUGACAAAGAACUAAGUACUCAAAUGCAAACCAAGAGUUCGAAAAGUCGAAAGAAAAAGAAAAACAAAGCUAGUAAAGAACCAGCUACAAAUGAACCUGCGGUUAAUGGAAAUUUGGGUGGUAGUAUUUUAAGUUCUGAUGAACAAAAAGAGAUAGCCAAUGUUGUUAGUGAAUUGUCAAACUUAAAUGCUGGAAAAAUCUUGUAUGAUGAUAAUGUUACAUUUUCUCAAUCGUAUCCAAUGCUGCCAAGCACAGAUAAAGAAUUACUGCUCUUAAAAGUACCUUUAGAGUCUCCUGGUGUCUGUAAAACAAACAGUACGACAUCUGAGCAGAACAAUAGCAAUAAUUUUAUUGGUUUAACAACUUUGUUUAUGUUAUUGUUACAAGGAAACAAAUGGAAAAUUGCAGUUAUAUUGCCUGAGAUACCCUUUGAUGUUGUUGCAUUUCAACAAGUCUUCUUCAAUGGUGAAUUGUUUUUGGUCGUCGGGAUUGCAGAAAACCAGAACACAGCUCAACAAAAGAAAAAAAGGACGAAAUUGGGAACGGGUUUUUUUCACGCUGUUUCUAACUAUUUAAAUAAAAGCUACUUGGAAACAGUUUUAUCCAAAAUAUGGGAUAUCACAGAGUUUGAGAGUUUGAGUAAAACUGGAAAAUGUACAAUCCCUGGCAGUGGUAAACUGUGUAAUUAUAUCAACAUAACACCAGAUCCACAAGCAUUGCAAAAACUGUUAGCCAUAACACCAUCUUUUUUUGUUCAUCAUGAAAGCAAAUUUAGUAAACAGUUACCAGAAGAGUUGAAUCAAUUUCACAACAUCAGCCCAAAACAAGAUUAUACAUGCAUAACUGUAUAUCAGCUUCUCUCUAUGUAUCCACGACACAUGUCAGAACUUUUAAAGAGACUUCGAAGUGAAGCUGUGGAAUUAUGCGGUAUAAAAAUUGGAUAUAUGAAGUCAGAACAUGGUAUAGAAUGUCCAGUGUUAUGUAUCAGUAUAAAUGAGUUUCAUUCGACUACUAUCGAGGAAGGCAAACUUCUGUUAUCAGAUUGUGAGCAAUUAAGAGACCUUGCAAUCAGUUUUAACAGUUUAAAUAAAAUUUCUCUUCUUGAAAACAGCAGUACCUUGUUAAAUUAUGCAAUAAAUAAAACAUAUUCUCAACAAGAACUUGUAAGGUGGUUUGGGCCACAUUACAGUCAAACACAGUUUCCAGAAGCUCUUGAAACCUUGAAAUCCAAUGUAAAAAGUGUAACUAAUAAAACCCAGAAGAAGAAAUGGACUGAUGCUUCUAAUUUCCCUCAAUUGUCACAGCUUGUGCACUUCCCUUCUUAUGCUGUCCUAUUGAUGUCUUCUAUUGUACCGUCUGCAUUUAUUUCCUUGAUUGUUAGUUUUGCUGAUAAAAAAGGCCUGGUAUUGACUGCAAUGAGCAAACACACUGCAGAAUUUAGUCAGCUACGUGCAUUUGGUCUCAAUGAUGAUCAAAUUACUCGGUUCAGAUAUCCUAAAGAUAAUCCAAAGGAGGAAGUUAUUAAUUUUCAAGCAACAGGAAGUUUUACUGCAUUUUUGUUUUACGGAAAUAGUGCUUUGUUUCGUGUUCUUGGAUUGAUCACCAAGUUGACUUACAUUCUAAACAACCAUGUUACUGGAGAAACAUUGAAUAGCUGGCUUAAAGAUAAUUCAUUUACAUAUCCUCCUUCUCAUAAUGUAAAUGUAUGUUCAACUAGGAAUCUUGAUAAAGCAAAGGAGGACUAUUUUGCUGCAUUCAAUUUAAAUGAUACUACAGAAGAAAUAUUCACUAGCACAAAAUUAACCCCAUCUCAUCAGAAAAUUGAGGGUGUUUUUCAAGUUAUAUCCACAGCACAGUUGAAUCUACACAAACCAGAAAUUCAAUUGGUUAGUUUGGUUUUUUAUGGUGACGAAAUUUUGAGUCAUGUUUCAACUGUCUUAAAAGCGCUGUUUGGGGAACACAUAUUUAACAACUUAAAAGCAUGGCGUCCAACAAUGGCAGGAUCUUCCAGCUUAUAUGCUCCAUCUCUACAGCUCAUUGGCAGCAAGUUUAUUCAGUCUCUCACGAAAACCGAUGUUAACAUUUUGAGUUUAGCAGAUUUUCUAACACCCGAGUGGAAUGUCUCGCAAACUGUUAUGGUUGAAUCGAAAGCAUGCAUCCUUGUUUUGCAAGCUGUAGAUGCACCUGCUCUUAAUCAACUUCAAAAUAAACUGUCAAAGUUUGUACAAUCUUUGAGAAUCAAUUUGGCAAAUUCAAAUGUUUUGGUUCACACCGAUUUAGAACACGUCUGUCGAAUAAUGUUUUAUUUCUUUCAUUGUAAUGAGCUACAUGCUGAUGCAGAUCUAAAAGGGUCUCAAGUAUUUCCUGUUUAUUUACCAGAGAAACACAAACUUUUAACGCUUGAUAAGCUACUACAUUUAAAUUUGUUACAAGAUGUUCCAGUAAGGAAGAUAUCACCUUCGUAUAAAGGCAGCAUUUUGGAGCAAUCAAGCUUAAUACCUACUUGGAAAGUCUUUUAUGAAAUACAUCCAUCAUCAUUAAGCUUUCCAUUGCAAUUGUUGUUGAAAGGUGAAAAAACAUAUGGUAUACUGUCGAUACAACAUUCACCAAAGCAUGUAGAGUCAAUCAUAAAGGUCAUUUCAAGGAUCACUAGAUUGGGCUUUGGAAUUGUUGGCCUAAAAUUUCCUUCGUUUGACAUCACCACCUCGACAUAUUGGUUUCAUGUAGCACUCGUAAGAGAAGACGCUUUAUUUGUUUUGAAGAAAAUGAAACACGAAUUGGAAAACAGUUACCAGCACAUAACUAUAAAAGUAACCGAAACAGUACAAGAAUUUGAAGAGUUGUUUACGAAAGAGUUUAAAGGUCCCUCCGACAUGGGUGGAAUAUUUCAUUAUGAUCUGUAUUGUCUAGUUAACGAGAUGUGUUUUGAGAAAGAUGCAGCGUACAAGGGAAGACGUUUCCGUGAGGUGGAGUGGAAUUCUGGACGUCAAACACACAACUAUGAAUACGAGUAUAUGAAACAGCAACAACACCCUCUGUCAAAAUCGUACGUGUUGACAGCAGCAAACAUUACGGACGAAGUCACUGUUCUGUUAAUUACACAGCCGCUAAUACGAGGUUGGUAUCUAAAUAAGGAGUGCCCAGUUGAAUCUGUGUUCCCGCAGUUGUGGCAGAAGUUAGAGCAAGCUUCUUAUAGAACGAUUGGUGCAAAAAUGACUUUGCUGUCAAAAACUGCUGCACAAGAAUUGGUUGAUAUGAUGGCUGUGGAUGGAAAGAAAAAUACAAAAAUGGUGAAAUUUCUAUCUCAAGAGGGUGGUCCGUUCAUUGCUUUAGUUUUACUCGGUUCGUGUGUCCUGUCUGAUUUUUGGAUGCAUUUGGAAGGAAAAUUCUGUAAGGAAGAAGCAGUUAGCGUUGUCAAGCAGUACACGCUACUUCCCACAACAAAAAAACAGGUUGAGCUGCUAUUGUGUUCGUUAUUUCAACAAGUGUUGCAAAAUUCAAAGGUUGAGUUAAGGAGUAGUAUGGUUUGAAUUGUGAUGCGUCAAAUUGUUUGAUGAUUUCAACAUUCUUUGUGUUAGCUUGCCAUAACAUCACCUUGUUUAUUUUUUUAUUUCUUCACGACUUUUGCGCCUAAUAAUCUUCGCCAACGAUAAAAACAAAUCUAUUUCGCGCUUACUGUUUUCGCGCCAUAGCUCGUAUUAAUUUCCGCGCAAGUUUUAAUUAUUCCACAAAUGACAAGGAAAGGUAGUUAUAUCUUUGGUUUUAGACAAGAAAUAGAUACGUUUUUUAUGCAAAUUUUUAAUUAUCCUGAUUAUGGCUGUUUUUCAUAUCAUAAAAAGAAAGAAAAAUUUAGACGCUAAAACGUUUUUCUGCAGACAGUUUAAAAAAGAAUUCGCGCGUUAUAAUUUUCUCGCAAAGCGUGCUAAAUUUUGCGCACGUCGCGCGAAAGUUAGUACGAAUUAUAUAGUUGCUUACUCUUUUAAAAAAGACGCAAGACUUGAUACUUAGUAAAAGCGUAACAUAAGUAGGCAAGUCAUCGUGCCUGUGAUCGAUGGACAGGCAAGCCACCGUGGCUGUGAUUGGUGGACAGGCAAGCCACCGUGGCUGUAAUUAGUAGACAGGCAAGCCACCGUGGCUGUGAUUGGUGGACAGGCAAGCCACUGUGCCUGUCAUUGGUAGACAAGCAAGCCACCGUGACUGUGAUUGGUGAACAGGCAAGCCACUAAGCGAUAUUUUUAAUGAUGUGAUAGAGGGAUCACAUAUAUUUGCGUUAUUGUACAUUUUAAAAAAUAUCAACUGAACAGUAUUUAUACCUUCUUAUGUUAUUAAGGUUAGGUUUUUUGAUGAAUUCUAAUGUUUAUAUAGACUGUUAAUAAAAAAUAGGAUUUAUAUUUCUUGAAUUUGAACGAUUAUUAUCUUCUGCUGACGUAACAGAUGAGAGUCCUUUGUUUUUCUUUAAUAUUUUGUGAGGAGAUUCGGAGAUUAUUUUAAACACGUCCUUGUAGUUUAUUUGAGUAACUUUUUGGCUGUUAUAUGUGCUGUGUUAAGUCGAACUCGAAAAAUGCUCAAUACGCCUUGCCUCGCCUCGACACCUUUUAUAAGAGUCAAGUUGAGCUGAACUGAGCUGAAUGGAACCCCCAUCAAAAUUCUCACUAUACUAGCAUUUAAAACAACAGUUUUGCGAAAUAAGCAGUUUCAGAACUUUAUGCGCAUGCGCAUGCUUCGGCUAUAUGUAACCGCGACAAGCCGUAUCACAGCGUGCGGCUUGGAUUGCUUCGGAACGGCUAGAUAUUGGUUUUUAGCUGUGCCGAGUCAAAACAAGGAAAAAUUUUGUAAGUUCGUCUCAGAACGACACAGCUUAUAUAUGACCUUACGGUGGCCCUAAAAGUCAACUACGACCUCGACAGAAGUGAUUAUUUUUUGAAAACAUAAUUACAUACAAGCAUCUUUUAAUAAUUUUCAUCACAUUAUGUAAAACAGAGCUUGAAGAAACAAAUUUUGCCAUUUUUUAGCAAAGUAUUGCUUUUUUAUCCAAUUAUGACAUAGAGAUAUUGACGAUAUACAAUUGCCACGGUGGUUAUUUUUUUUUUAGUAAUGUUUAUUUUUGCUUUUCAUUGUUAUCCGAAUGAUUGCAGUGUUAGCGCUUUAGAAAUCCUUGACGCCUCGAUUUUUUGCUAAAACUUGAAACUAGGAAAGUAUUUUCGUGUUUGUAGUUAUAUUAGAUGGCGUUAGGAGAUGCUUUGUCAGAGCAUCGCCCGCUACGCGUUAAGUGACGUGGAAAACAAGACCAGCCACCCCUGUAGGUAAAAAACCAGGGGAAUAUGCGUUUGUUUCCGCUUUUUCAAGAUAAAUGGUUGCGGAAUUCGAAAUGUAAAAAAUUUUGGAAUCUUCAAACGAACUGUUUUAACCACACGUAAUUAGUGGUUCUAGAAUCUCUUGAAUUUCUUGAAUUGGAUGUUUUUUAUGUUCUUAAAAAUGUGGAUUAAAAUCUUGAAUUGUUCAAAAAACAUUUAAAAUGUCACUAUGUGUAUCCUUAUGUAGUGAAAGUUUCUCAACUUCGUUAUCUUUUGUUUCGUGCUAUGCAUCGUCGUGUGUGGUUUUAGUUGAUGUUACUUAGAGGUUUAACUAGCUAUUUAUUUCUAUGUUCUGUAUAUUUCUUCGUUUAUAAAUAGAAUUAGAUAAAGUUACUGCA